CGGUCCAGAUCCCCUUUAAUUUCCCAUGUUCCCCUGCGUACUCAAGCCCCGCCCCCAAUCUCCCGGCCCCGCCCCGAAGUGUGAGGGGUGUGGAUGGUUUGUGAACCCCUCAACUGACUACCCGUUGUGGGCUGGGAGAAGAGGGUUUGGCCACGGCGGCCGGAACUAGGCAGCCUUUCGGCUUGGGUGGACCCACGGACUCCUCUCCAGCGCCGCGGGAAUAGGACCGCCCAAACGCGGAGCCUUCGCGUCAGAAAAGGCAGGAUCGGGGACCCCUCCUCACCGCGCCGUCAGGGUCGCUAACGGGUUGAGGAGCGAGCAAAGGCCUCUGAGGAGGGAGACCUGGGGUCCUGCCCAGUCCCUCCCCUCGAAAGUUCCCUGUGCCUGUGCCAGUCGUUUUUGCCUCUGUUCGCCGCAGUUUCCUUUUCUUUAAAUCAGGGUUAAUGACGUUAACCUUCUUACCAUUAGGGGUUAGUUGUGGGAGUGAUAAAUAACUGCUACUGUUUGUUUACUGAACAAUUGCAAUGUGCCAGGCACUGAGCUAAGUAUUUUGCUUCGAUGAUUUCUCGUCAUCUUCAAAACAACCUUAUGAGUGUGGACCCAGUCAGCACCCAGGCCAUGGAGCUCUCUGAUGUCACCCUUAUUGAGGGUGUGGGUAAUGAGGUGACUGUGGUGGCAGGUGUGGCGGUGCUGAUUCUAGCCUUGGUCCUAGCUUGGCUCUCUACCUACGUAGCCGACAGUGGUAGCAACCAGCUCCUGGGCACUAUUGUGUCAGCUGGCGACACAUCCGUCCUCCACCUGGGGCAUGUGGACCAUCUGGUGGCGGGCCAAGGCACCCCAGAGCCAACCGAACUCCCGCAUCCAUCAGAGGGUAAUGAUGAGAAGGCUGAAGAGGCUGGCGAAGGUGGGGGAGACUCCACAGGGGAACCCGGAGCUGGGGGUGGUAUUGAGCCCAGCCUUGAGCACCUGCUUGACAUCCAAGGCCUGCCCAAAAGACAAGCGGGCCCGGGGAGCAGCGGUCCAGAGGUGCCCCAGAGAUGUGAGGAUAGCACCUGCCUCAUCAAUGUGCGGCUCAAAUUCCUCAAUGACACCGAGGAGCUGGCUGUGGCCAGGCCAGAGGAUACUGUGGGUGCUCUGAAGAGUAAAUACUUCCCUGGACAAGAAAGCCAGAUGAAACUGAUCUACCAGGGCCGCCUGCUGCAGGACCCAGCCCGCACACUGCGUUCCCUGAACAUUACCGACAACUGUGUGAUUCACUGUCACCGCUCACCCCCUGGGUCAGCUGUUCCAGGCCCCUCGGCCUCCCUGGCCCCCUCUUCAGCCACUGAGCCGCCCAGCCUCGGCAUCAGUGUGGGCAGCCUCAUGGUGCCUGUGUUUGUGGUGCUGUUGGGUGUGGUCUGGUACUUCCGUAUCAAUUACCGCCAGUUCUUCACAGCACCUGCCACUGUCUCCCUGGUGGGGGUCACUGUCUUCUUCAGCUUCCUAGUAUUUGGGAUGUAUGGACGAUAAGGACCGUAGGGAGAAAAUGAAAGGCGUGGUCUUCCUCCUUUAUGGCCUCCCCCCUUUCCUGGCCAGAGCUGGGCCCAAGGGCCUGGGAGGGAAGGGUGGAAAGGAUGUGGUGGGUCCCCCUCCAUAGGACCCAGGAGGCAGGCAUGGGGCCUCUGCUUCACGUCCACGAGGGUACAGACAUCCCCUCUGUGCAAGCACAACUCAGGUAGAAAUGAGAAUGUCAUCUUCCUUCACUUUUAAGGUCCUGAAGUUAAGAGCUGAGCUGGUGUUCCAGCUCAGUGGGGAGCCUGGGCUCUGAGGAUUCCCUCCCAGCUGUGGCCCUAGCUCUUUCCAUUAUCCUGCAUGUCUGCUCCUCAGCCCCCAGCGCUGCCUGUCAGGGCAGCUCAGCAUGUCCCCAGCAUACUUCUAUAGGGAGCCUGGAGUAUCUUUCGGUUCCCUAGUGGAAUAUCCAUCUUUUGAGACUGAAAUCACAUGGGCAGGAGUCAGCCUUCCCUGUAGGCACCUGGGCACCUCUACCUUCUCCCUCCACCCCAUAGCAGGAAUAGGGUGUUCUCUGUGUUCUGGAUGGUUUCCAGUGUUCUUUUUUUCAAAGCACUUUGCUUAUAUUCUUUUUUUAAAAAAAUAGUCCCUUAUAGAGCUCAGUCAGGAAGGGGAUUGGGGCACAAAGCCAAGCCCCCAGCAUUGGGAGAGGCCGGGCCACAGCUGCUGCUACCCUAGGCCUAAGGCUGUAAAGAGGCAGCUCUGGCCCUCAGCCAGUGUCCUACUCUGCCCAGCUCCAAGGACGAGCUCUGGGUAUGGAGCACUGGGCCCCAGGCCCUUGCCUCUGGGGCUCUUGGAUGGAGGGCCAGUAUCUGUGACUGAAUAAAGUUCCAUUUUGUGGCCGUGGA